AAUAGUAUUAAAAUACUUUCUGUUUUUAUUCUUCUCCGUUUUGGAAGAAAUCAUCAGCUGUGUAGUCAGUGUACGAGUGUAUCUGCAAUCCGAUUACCGUUUCAAUGGACCUCAAUCUCGCAAUCCAGCUCUAACUCUGAUGGGCCUCUUUCUAGAUAAGCCUCUACACCGUGGAAGAAUAAUCCGCUUACAUUAUCAAUGGCAAUUGUUUCAGUUUGAAGUUAACCGAAACCCCACCUCUGUUUUCUGAAGAGUCUGGAAAGCACCAUUCAUCUUUCUUGAAGAUGGACGUCAAUGCCAUCACUUCUGGCCUAUACACAGACCACUCGUUGAGAGGUUCGGACGUUGUGAAUGUAGAAAAGAAGAAUGCGAAUGAAGAUGAUCGCAACACUCUCUUUGUCAACUACGCUGCAAUAGCCUGGCAUGAAAUGAGAAGAGCUUGGAGAGGUGAUCGAUCUAGUGCUUCCCCAAAAAAGCCUAGGGAGCCAACGAGGCACUGCUCGAACACGUCCAUGGAGGGGCGUUUUGAUGAACCAGUUCCUUUAUCUAAGAUGGUCGCGUUCUUGGUUGCAGUGUGGGAAGAAGACUAAUAUGCGACUCUUUAUGACCAAAACCACGUCUGCCUUUCUUGUUGCUUUCGUCUUAACUAGUGCGAGUUUUGCUAGUCGAUGAUCUUGGAACUGAAUCUUGCAGUUCUUGGUGUAGUAGGAGUUUCAAAAAUGGAGAUAUUGGUUUUCUUGUUUGCAAUUCUUUUCCAAGAUUGAUUGCGGUGUUGAAUGCUUCAUUGACUUUUCAAAAAUUAUAGAUAUUCUAUAUGUCUACUGAAA